AGUUGGUAGUUAUCUCGUUUAUACAUCAAACUUUUAUUUAAGAUCCAACGACGAGCAUUAUCAAACUCAAUAUUGCAGUUAAUUUUAUUUUGAUUUGAAAAGCAAGAAAUCUGUGAAGAUGCAAUCAGCAAAGCAUAAGGUUAGCAACAUGGCAAGCGCUGCCAAAGAGAAGAUACAGGUUGCCAAGGCCAAAGUUGAAGAAGAGGCUCAGCAGGCGACAGCGAGGACAAAGGAGGAGAAAGAUAUAGCGACAGAGUUGAGGAAAGUGAAGGAGGCAGAAGCCAAGGCGGAGUUGCACAACUCGAAAGCGAAGCACACAGCAGAGAAACUGGAUGCAAAACAACUAGGACAUCAUUACCAUAUGCCUGGAACUGGCAUAGUUACUGGUGCUGACCAUGUACCUGUUAAAAUUGGCAAUCAGCAGGCUUAUGGAGCAGCGGGCAAUAUACCCGGAACCAGAACCACAACUACUACUACACAUAACCAAGUUCAACCUCCACACUACAAUAAGCAUCUCUAAGUUGGAUGGCUUGUUUCAAACCCCAUUUAGCGUUCUUUCUUUGACGUUUGUAGGAUGGUUUAAUCUUCUAUUACAGUAGCAGUGUGUUGUAAGAAUGUUUGGAGAAUGUUCAUAUAUAAUACGCAGGUUUUAUGCCUUUGUUUAAUUCAAGGGUUAUUAGUAGUA